UUGACUGUAUGCGACGGCAAAUUCAAUUUUGUGGUGUUCAGCACUGGUGUGCACCCACAGGAUCGCUCUCAACUAAUUUUACAGUUCCGACCACCUGAUUUGUCAGAGAUCAUUGGUCCAAUUUCGAGCGAUCUCAUCAGAUUUGCUAAUCCUGGAACGCAACAAAGAGUUGCAACCGCUCUGCAAAAUCUAUCCAACGACGAUCCAGUACUUUCGCUCAUUUCACCGGACGAACUACAACGGCAAAAUAUGCUUGAAGACGUUGCUCAGCUCAUGUUAGACAUUGAUAAACUCACCAGGUCUUCAGAGCAGAACAUUACCGACAUGACGUUGAACGACUUCAAAUCGGCAGUGCCGCAGGUGCGCGACAAUUUUUCUGUGCAAGCUGAUAGUAGUUCUCAUAACAACCUACCUCUCUCAUAA